UUUUUCUUUUUUUUCUUUCAUAUUGUUAUUCAUUUAAAUGUUUAUUUUUAUGGUUUGACUAUUGUAAAAGUUAAAUAAAAUUUGAAAAAAUCAAAGUGCUGUUGGUGAAUUUGAUUCGAAGAAAAACAGCAGUUUUUUUUAGCGAGCAUAUAGGAAGAAAUGGAAGAUAUUUUUCAUUGGUGCCGUGAAGGCAAUUCGAUACAAGUGCGAUUAUGGUUGGACGAUGUUGAACAUGACAUGAAUCAAGGUGAUGAUCAUGGAUUCAGUCCAUUGCACUGGUUGGCCAAAGAAGGUCAUACAAAACUGGUUGAGAUGCUUUUGCAACGUGGAGCUCGUGUGAAUGCCACCAAUAUGGGCGAUGAUAUUCCACUGCAUUUGGCUGUUGCGCACGGUCAUUUGGAUAUUGUUUUAUUGUUGUUGAAGCACAAAUCUGACGUGAAUACCACCAACGAGCAUGGAAAUUCGCCAUUACAUUAUGCUUGCUUCUGGGGCUAUCAAGCAAUUGCCGAGGAGCUUGUAAAUCAUGGUGCUCUUGUUUCAAUCGCCAAUAAAGAUGGUGACACACCAUUGGAUAAGGCUAAAGUGUUGUUGGCAAAGCGUUUACACGAUUUGGCCAUUGAAAGUGGUCAGGAAUUGAAGAAAAUCAGUUUUAAAGAUCAAAGUUGGCUUGGACUCAAAACACGUUCACGUGACGCAACAUUGUCUCGCUAUAAGGGCAUCAAUAUUCGCGAUUUGGAAUUGCAUACAAAACUUGCAAUCACACCAUCCGGUGAUACAUGGCGGGGUCGUUGGCAAAAAAAUGAUAUUGUUGCGAAAAUAUUAUCGGUUCGCGAUUGUAAUGCACGAAUCUCACGAGACUUUGAUGAAGAAUUCCCAAAAUUGCGCAUAUUCUCGCAUCCAAACAUUCUGCCAGUCAUUGGUGCAUGUAAUUCGCCACCAAAUUUAGUCGUCAUUAGUCAGUACAUGCCAAGAGGUUCACUGCAUGAUUUACUCCAUGGUGCGGCUGGUGUUGUUGUGGACACAGCGCAAGCAGUUCGAUUUGCAUUGGAUAUUGCCAGAGGCAUGGCAUUCCUUCAUUCAUUAGAGCGCAUUAUACCCGAAUAUUACUUGAAUAGUUUCCAUAUCAUGAUUGAUGAAGAUUUAACAGCUCGUAUUAAUAUGGGAGAUGCAAAAUUCUCGUUUCAAGAGCGUGGACGCUUGUAUCAACCGGCAUGGAUGUCACCAGAAGCCUUACAAAAGAAGCGCAACGAUCGUAAUUGGGAAGCGUGCGAUAUGUGGAGCUUUGCCGUUUGCAUAUGGGAAUUGAGCACACGAGAAAUUCCAUUUGGCGAUUUAUCACCAAUGGAAUGUGGUAUGCGUAUCGCCACAGAAGGUUUAAGAUUGAAAGUGCCACCCGGUACGUCAACAUAUUUCUCCAAAUUGAUCACCAUCUGUAUGAAUGAAGAUCCCGGCAAACGGCCCACAUUCGAUAUGAUUUUGCCGAUUUUGGACAAAAUGAAACGAUAAGAAUCUCAUUCGAUGGUUCUUAGAUCGCAUUUGCAAUACAAGUAAAGCAGCUAUAUCAGAAAUCAAUCGAGAAGGAAACAACGACAAACGUUUAUUGAAUUUUAUUUUUUUAUGUCUAACAGGAAUAGUUUGUGAAUGUGAUUCUUUGUGCCUGAAUCGAUGAACUUGGUUAUUGUUGUAAAUCAAUCAUCCAAAUAACACAUAAACUAAUUGAAGUGAAUGAAAUUUAUAUCACUAAAACCAAUUCACUCACACACUCAAUCUAUAAAUAAUUUACGCACAAGUUCUCGAAAUGAAUGUUGCUGAAAUAGUGCCGAAUGCAAAAGAAAAACUGCUGCCAAAUAAGUGCCUUAUACAAUAACUAUAGUUUUAGCUAUUAAUCGAAUAAAUUUGAUUUGUCGUCUUUUUUGUCGUUGUUCGGCACAACAAUUUUUAAUUUUUAACCGAUUAGUUCGAUGUGCCAAGAAAGUAUAACAAUUUUAAACUGUAUUACUUAAUGCGUUGUAAAUUACUUA